UUUGUGGAUUUUAAAUAUAUCAAAGUAUGUGCUGGAAACGGAGGUGAUGGAACGAUAGCCUUUUUGAAAGGACUUAAUGGUCCAAUUGGUCCUCCAGCUGGAGGAAACGGCGGUCGUGGCGGGAAUAUUUAUAUAACGGCAUCCAAAAACAUCACUUCUCUUAACAAUGUUCUUAAUCGGUAUAUGGCUCGUAGUGGUUCGGCUGGAAUGGGAAAGCAAAUGCAUGGCCAUGAUGGGGAGGAUUUAGAUAUUGUUGUUCCAGUUGGCACUCUUGUCAAGGAAUUUGAGCUGCUUGAAGACGGUGAACGCAAGCUCGUUGUCCGAGGUGGUGCAGGCGGUCUUGGAAACACGCAUUUUGUUACCCCGACAAUUCCAGGUCCUGGUAUUGCUGGGAGAGGAGUCAGGGUUGAGCCCAUUGUUUUGCAAUUGGAGUUAAAAACUAUGGCUGAUGCAGGAUUGGUAGGUCUUCCUAAUGCAGGAAAGAGCACGUUGCUUAAAGCCACAUCUAAUGCCCAUCCAAAAAUUGCACCUUAUCCAUUCACCACUCUCAACCCCUAUGUUGGAACCAUUGAUUUUGAAGAUUUUUGGACCAUGACAAUUGCAGAUAUCCCCGGAAUUAUCAAGGGUGCUCACGACAAUCUUGGCUUGGGCCAUCGAUUUUUACGACAUAUUGAACGCACAAAGUUACUUGUAUAUGUCAUUGAUCUAGCUGGCGAAGCUCCAUGGGACGAUCUUGCCACAUUACAAAAUGAGCUUGAAGCAUUUCAAAAAGACAUGACGGAUCGCCCUUCAUUGAUUGCUGCCAACAAGGCAGAUAUAUCAGAAAUUUCAAAGCAAAAUUUCGCUAUUUUAAAAUCCAAAACCAAGAUACCGAUUGUGCCAAUCUCUGCCAAACAUGAAAAAAAUAUUCGUGCAUUUACUGGUGUGAUGCGCAAAAUAGUCGAGGAGAUUAAUCGAAAAGAAGCUGCAAAGUCUGCUGUCAAAACUGCAGAGAAAAACGCAGUGAUUGCUUCUCGAAUUGCUGCUCGGAUCGCUUUAAAAAACGUUGAUGAAAAGCCAAUUCCAUAA